AUGUUCAAAGCGUAUUCCGUGAAUGAUAGAUGGAAGUUUGCACAAACUAACGGUUUAUGCCGGUGUUGUCUAAACGCACACGGUAGGAGGAGCUGCAAAAAUGCGAAACAAUGCGUGAUAGAAGGAUGUCAGUACCGUCAUCAUCCGCUAUUACAUUCAAACCAUUCCAACGGUCAGCCUGUUCAAAGUUUAUCAACGGUGCAGAAUCACGUUCAUCAACGCUACAAACAAACUCUUCUAUUCCGAAUUGUUCCGGUCAUUAUCUCAGGACCACGUGGAUCCAUCGAAACGUUUGCCUUCUUGGACGAUGGGUCAGAUUUGUCGCUGAUCGAGAGUGACCUGGUGGAACAGUUGGGUAUCGAUGGAUGGACGAAACCAUUGUGUUUAAAAUGGACAGGGAACGUCACCAGACUCGAGCCGGAUUCAAAACAAGUUCAAGUUUCGAUUAGAGGAGUUAAUAGGCAAAAACAGUUCUACCUCAACGAUCUUCGCACCGUGAAAGAGCUCACUUUGCCGGAACAGAGCCUCAGUUAUGAAGAUUUGGCGCAACGCUAUUGUUAUCUCCUGGGUCUGCCAGUUGUAAGCUACGAGAAGGCUGUACCUCGUCUGUUAAUUGGAGUUAACAAUGUGAACCUUACGAUACCUCUGCAAGUGAAAGAAGGCCAAAAAGGCGAGCCCAUCGCUGUAAAAACGAGGUUAGGAUGGAGCAUUUUUGGUGGUAGCAGUAAAGAGUCAACGCAUACGCUAAAUUUUCAUACAUGUGAAUGCGCAAGUGAUCAGAAGCUCUACAACGCAGUGAGAGAUUAUUUCACUAUGGAAGAUGCAGGUGUGAAACCAGCACCCGUACCAGAGUCUGAAGAAGAAAAACGCGCUAAGAAAAUCAUGGAGCAAACGACCAUACGAGUUGGUGAAAGGUUCGAAACAGGUCUAUUGUGGAGAUAUGAUGACGUAGAGCUCCCAGAUAGUCACAAGAUGGCGGUCAAGCGUUUCGAAUGCCUGGAACGCAAGAUGAUUAGAGAUCCAGAACUCGCGUCCAAUCUCAAAAAGCAGAUCACUGAGUAUGUAUUGAAAGGCUACGCACAUCGCGCAACUCAAGAAGAACUAGAUCGAGCCAAUCCAAAACGAGUGUGGUAUUUACCACUGGGAGUAGUGACAAAUCCACGGAAACCCGGUAAAGUACGUCUAGUGUGGGAUGCGGCAGCCACAGUGGAUGGAAUAUCCUUGAAUUCCAUGCUACUGAAAGGCCCAGAUCAACUAACGUCGCUUCCAGAUGUGCUAUUUCGUUUUCGACAGUUUUGGGUGGGAGUUUCUGCCGACAUCAGAGAGAUGUUUCACCAAAUGAAGAUUCGAGAAGUAGAUCGCCAUGCUCAACGAUUUUUAUUCCGUAACGAUCCGUCAGAACAAUUAGAAAUAUUUAUGAUGGACGUAGCAACCUUCGGAGCCACAUGCUCACCAGCAUCUGCACAAUAUGUAAAGAACGUCAAUGCAGCAGAAUUCGCUGAUCGCUUCCCACGAGCGGUUGAAGGAAUAUUGAAAAACCACUACGUGGAUGACUAUCUCGAUAGUUUUGAGAGCGAAGAGGAAGCAGAGCUGGUAUCUAAGGAAGUGAGGUUAAUACAUCAACAGGGUGGAUUUCAUCUCAGAAAUUGGCUUUCAAACAGCACUUCGUUGCUCAGCGAAUUACAGGAGAAGGAAACUUUGGAUAGCAAGAACCUCUGCUCGAAUCCAACGGUCAGUAGUGAACGAGUGUUGGGAAUGUUGUGGCUGACGACUGAAGAUAAACUUAAAUUUGCGAUUAAUAUGAAGGAUGAGAUACAGCAGAUAAUUGAUAGCGGUAAUAGACCAACCAAGCGGCAAAUGCUAAAAUGUUUAUUGGGAAUAUUUGACCCCUUGGGACUCCUUAGCGUAUUCCUCGUACAAGGGAAGAUAUUACUGCAGGAUACGUGGCAUGCUGGAUUGAAAUGGGACGAAAAGGUGCCAGAAGACAUAUUUGAACGAUGGAUCAAGUGGACUGGAAUGUUCCUCAGCAUUAGUACCAUAAGGAUUCCUCGAUGCUAUUUCUUGAAUGCGACCAAGCAACACAGGUAA